GGCCCGCCUGAAGCCCAUCGAGGCUCUGCUCUCCUUUCUCGCUAGCUUCUUCUUCCCCCAGAGACGGCUGGCUCCUUUCUGCUCCCCUAUCGUCGGCAGCUACGACCAGAGAAGCGCCACGUCUCGCGCGCUUUUCCGCUCCCCGCCGAUGAGCUGCCGCGCGUCGCCGUGGAGCCGCCCGUCGCUCCCCGCCGGGCUGCUCUUCCCGACCUCGGGGCGGCCGCGCUCCCCACUCGGAAGUAGGAAUCUGUGGAAGAAUUCAUGGACACUAGGUGUUGGUGUUCCAAAUAUUUUUGCACUGCCGUCAAGGAUGUUCAGAUGCAUGGCUUCAAGUGGCUCUGGGGAUGAUGGUUUUGCUCGGCCUACAUCAACUGACGAAGGAGUAGCGCCGUUGCCAUUAUACUCGUGGCCAGAUAAGCAGCGACCACGUGUGUGCAUUUUAGGUGGUGGAUUUGGUGGCCUUUACACUGCUCUAAGACUAGAAUCUCUUGUGUGGCCCAGUGAUAAGAAGCCUCAGAAAAACAAAUUACAGGUUAUGCUGGUUGAUCAAUCUGAUAGAUUUGUAUUUAAGCCCAUGUUGUAUGAGCUCCUAUCAGGAGAAGUGGAUGUCUGGGAGAUAGCUCCAUCUUUUACAGAAUUGUUGAAAAACACUAGUGUCCAAUUUGUGAGGGACAGUGUAAAGCUUCUGCGACCUUCUGAUCACUUUAGAAGAGAACCUGGAGAAUCAUGCACUGGUGGGGUUGUUCAUCUGGAAAGUGGCACUGUCAUUGAAUAUGAUUGGCUCGUUCUAGCUUUAGGGGCUGAAGCUAAGAUCGAUGUUGUUCCGGGGUCAGCUGAAUAUGCACUUCCCUUCACAACGUUAGAGGAUGCUUUGAGAGUUGAAAGCAAGUUGAAAAUGCUAGAAAGGAAACGGUUUGGUAAGAGCUCUCCUAGUAUUGAGGUGGCAAUAGUGGGGUUGGGCUAUUCCGGUGUUGAAUUAGCUGCAACUAUAUCUGAGAGAUUAAAGAACACUGGGACUGUCAAGGCAAUAAAUGUUCAAACAACCAUAUGUCCCACUGCUCCACAAGGAAAUCGUGAUGCUGCUGUGAAGGUUCUUGAGUCUCGGAAUAUUCAGCUUUUCUUGGGAUACUUUGUGAGCUGCAUUAAAGAGGCUUCUACAGCUGAUGAUUCAAGUGGCAUAGCUACAGAUUCUGAAGUUGAUGAUGAUCAUAAGAAACUAAUUUUGGACCUUCAACCUGCUGAAAGAGGCCUCAAAGGCCAGACUCUGGAGGCCGAUUUAGUGCUGUGGACAGUGGGUUCAACAUCACAGAUUCCCCGGUUACAGCCUCCUGAUGCUCCCUAUGUGAUUCCUCUCAAUGGUCGGGGGCAGGUGGAGACUGAGGAAACCCUUCUGGUGAAAGGCCAUCCCCGGACAUUUGCGAUUGGUGACUCAGCAGCUCUAAGGGAUCCAUCAGGCAAACUUCUCCCAGCCACUGCACAGGUCGCUUUUCAACAAGCAGAUUUUGCUGGAUGGAAUCUCUGGGCAGCAAUCAAUGAUCGGCCUCUCCUGCCAUUCAGGUUCCAAAACCUUGGUGAGAUGAUGACGCUUGGUAGAAAUGACGCUGCAAUAACUGCAAGUUUCAUCGAGGGACUGACCUUGGAAGGACCUCUAGGACAUGCUGCUCGGAAGCUAGUCUACUGCCUCAGAAUGCCCACAGAUGAACACCGGGUGAAGGUUGGAGUCAGCUGGUUAACGAAGACUGCGAUCGACUCACUUGCCUCCGUGCAAAACGCAGUAAGUGACAUGCUCACAAGCCCAUGACCGUGUCCGUAUGGCUGUCAGAUGCAUUGUGACCAGCCGAUUCCGGAACCGGAUGUACUACUGGGGAGCAAGUUGAGAUCGAUAUUAUGUACGUAAUUGAGAAUCUUGUAAAUCUUUCAAAAAAAAAGGAUCUUGUUAAAUAGUUGUACCAUACUACUUGUGAAUUAAGAUGCUAUGGUUCUAUAGUAAUCAUUUGCAGAAGUGAUCUACUUUA